GUAUAACUUACUUGCAUGUUAUUUAGAUUUCCUUCUUUGUUUUCUAGGAAUAUUUUGAAAACAAUUGCCCUGGGUCAGAUAUUGUCCUUGUGUAUAUGUGGAACAGCCAUCACCAGCCAGUAUUUGGCAGAAAAAUACGAAGUGAACACCCCCAUGUUUCAGAGCUUUAUCAACUAUUGCUUGCUGUUUCUAUUUUAUACAGUGAUGCUGGCAUUUCAAUCAGGGCCUGAUAGCCUUUUACACAUCUUGAAAAGAAAGUGGUGGAAGUACAUCCUGCUGGGCCUAGCAGACGUGGAAGCGAAUUACCUGAUUGUCAAAGCGUACCAGUACACAACUCUCACCAGCGUCCAGCUUUUGGAUUGCUUUGGAAUUCCCGUGUUGAUGGCUCUCUCCUGGUUCAUCCUUUAUGCAAGAUACAGAGUGAUCCAUUUCGUUGCCGUGGCUAUCUGUCUGCUGGGCGUAGGAACUAUGGUUGGUGCAGACAUACUAGCAAGGAGAGGCAAUUCAGGCAGUGAUGUACUGAUGGGUGACAUCUUCGUCCUGGUUGGGGCUUCCCUCUAUGCCAUUUCGAAUGUGUGUGAAGAGUACAUUGUGAAGAAGCUGAGCAGGCAGGAGUUUCUAGGAAUGCUGGGCUUAUUUGGAACAGUCAUCAGUGGCAUACAGCUAUUGCUUAUGGAAUAUAAGGAUAUUGCCAGCAUUCAUUGGGACUGGAAAAUUGCCCUGCUGUUCGUGGCAUUUGCCCUGUGUAUGUUCUGCCUGUACAGCUUCAUGCCACUGGUGAUUAAAGUUACCAGUGCCACCUCAGUGAACCUGGGCAUCCUGACAUCUGACCUCUACAGCCUUUUCUUUGGGCUCUUUCUCUUUGGCUAUACGUUUUCGGGGCUCUACAUCCUGUCUUUCGCCGUCAUCAUGGUGGGCUUUAUUCUGUACUGCUCCACCCCCACGCGCACGGCGGAGCCGGCCGAGAGCAGCGUGCCCCCCGGCACCAGCAUUGGCAUCGACAACCUGGGCCUGAAGCUGGAGGAGACCCUCCAGGAGACCCACUCCGCCUUCCUGUAGCUGGAGAAGACGGGGCGCCGUCCCCCCGAGGCCUCCGGGGAAACGGGAGCUGCCGCUGGGACAGAGCAGAGCCUGCUGGCGGCCGAGUGGAACCUGGGAAAUGAUCGGACCGAGAGCAAACCCUCGGAGCAUCGGAUUGGAUCCACCGGUUCGAUUUUACAAAGGGACGUCCCACAAGCAGAAACACCAAGAUGGAGCAGGAGCCACGGCGAGGGCUGUGCUUCUGUGUGAGGGCCAACACCGUUAGUGUCAGGAGACGGCUUGGCCCCCGUCUGGGGUCUGGGAGGCACAGCUGGGCGAGCUGGAUGGGGCAGAACCCACACAUGGCCCAGCCUCAGAACAGGGCUGUCGAGGCUGGCUGGUGGGCAGGAGGAGGGGCGGUCCAGGGCCGUUUGGGAGCGGGUUUCCUCUCGGUUUUGUCCUUCUGAGGCAGCCGUUGUUCACAAGCCCCAGCUGAGGUCUGGGGACUGCUUGCACGCUGCAGGAAAGCGGGUGGGCAGCCCCGAAGAAUCCGAGACACAGUGAGCGCCAUAGAAGCUUUGGAGUGGAGUGGGUAAACCUAGGGGCCCUCUCUUCAUGGUUAAAGAGGAUGCUACCCCACUUCUUACAACUAUUUACGCUCCGUGAGAUUUUUAUGAACCUUCUUCAAUGAAAGUGUUCAGAGGCAGCAUCAUUAUGAUACCAACUACCAGUGUGCAACUUUACAGAAACUGCAUGUAAGCUUUUUUUUUGGAUAAAAAUAUAAUAAAAGAAAUUGAGGGUAAGUGUUCAUAUUAUUAAAAGAUUUCUGAUUUCAUGGAAA